AUGGACUCCGAUACGAGCCGCGUGUCGAGCAGACCGUCAUCUCCUGAGGUGGACGACAUCUUCCUGUCGACCCUCAAGAAGUCUGUGCACGGCUUCUCCGGCGCCGUGUCUUCCACACAGAGCGACUCUCCGUCAGAUAUCGCCAACCUGCGCGGCCUGUCCGCCGCCGAUGAGGAGUCCCUCGCCCUCCGGCUGGCCAAGAAAGACCGCAAACUCCUGUCCGAGGGCGAGCUGCAGUCCAUCCGCCUCAAGAUCAACAGCCGCGAGAGGAAAAGAAUGCACGACCUCAACGUGGCCAUGGACGGGCUCCGGGAGGUCAUGCCCUAUGCGCAUGGACCGUCGGUGCGCAAACUCUCCAAAAUCGCCACCCUGCUGCUCGCUAGAAACUACAUCCUGAUGCUGAGCAACUCACUGGAGGAGAUGAAGCGGCUGGUCAGCGAAAUCUACGGCAGCAGCGGACACCACAGCGGCUUCCACCCGUCAGCCUGUGGGACUAUGACACACGCGGGGCCCGUGCCGGGACACCCGGCGGCUUCCCACGCCUCACACCCGGCGGUGCACCACCCACUCCUGCCGCCGGCGGCCGUCUCCACCGCCUCCUUGUCCGCGCCCGGCAUCGCCGCCGUCACCUCGGUCAGACCCCAUCACGGACUCCUGAAAGCGCCCGCUGCAGGUGCAGGGCCACUGGGCAGCAGCUUCCAGCACUGGGGCGUCGGCACCGGGAUGCCUUGUCCGUGCAGCAUGUGCCAAGUCCCGCCUCCGCAUGUGUCCAGCAUGAGCACCGUCACCAUGCCGAGGCUGGCCGGCGACUCCAAGUGA